AUUUCCUCAAGGCUCCGGCCAUCUUGGAUUUGAAAGCUUUAAAAUGUGAUAAACACAAUGUAAUCUGGAAAGUUUAGGUCAAUUUGGAUCAUAAUGGGACAAGGAAAGUCCAAGGAAGGCUACCAGAAGGCUGUAAAGAAGCUUAGUAGCCUUGAACUUGAUAAUAUUGAGGCUGUUUUCAACGAGCUUUCAAUAAAAACUGAAGAUGGCAAAAGACGUGUCGAGCUAUCACUCCUAACAAGACAAGAAUUUGCUGAACGCUUUCAUUUGACUGGAUUCGUUGCUGAGCGGUUGUGUCAUGCUUUUGAUAAGACAGAGACUGGUACCAUAGAACUGGAUGAGUUUAUUGGAGGUAUAGCCUUGUGUCUUCAUGGAUCUGUCAGAGAUAAAUGCAGACUUCUGUUCAAGAUCUUUGAUUUAGAUCAAGAUGAUGGUGUGAGUAAAGAUGAGUUAACAGCAGUGCUUCUGAGCUCUGUGGAGUCUGCAGAGAAAAUCCUUAACAACAUAGAGGGACAAGAUACAAAUUCUGAGUCUGAUGAGACUGAUAAAUUGAUUGAUACUGUUACAAAGAUAGUGCAGAAAGCAUUUGAAACUUGUGACACCGCCAAAAGUGGAAAACUAUCUGCAAAGCAAUUUUCAAACUGGUUGAUUCGCAACCCCAAAAUAAUGGAUAAUGUGUUUGGAUGGCAGUGUCCAAGACCUGAAGAGGGUCACUGGAUGAAUGAGAACCUUGCCAUCCCUGCCGUCAGGAUUGGCAUGGCAGAAUCAGCCUCACCAAGAAUGCCCAGCCCAUUCAGUCAAAUGAUGGAGGCAGAAGCAAAAGAGUCACGCAAGUUGAGUGAUCUCUUCAAUGACCCUCACAGUUCUACAGCUGAUGAAGGGCAAUCAUUUUUUGAUACCCUUAAUCAUCCAAGUAAUACUCCUGGUGAUUCAAUCUUUGUUCAGACCAACACAGAGGAAGCAACUGACAGCCAGAAAGAGGAUGAUGGGCAGACUGCAGUGGAAACUCAGGUUGCUUUUCAAGGGCUUCCAAUUAACAACGAACCUCAAGAAUCCAUUCACUUUAAAGGCCUUGAUUCCUUCCAGGAUCAACCUUUGGUACCUGAUCCAAGUGAAAGCCCAGACAUCCCCUCAGAACCUCCACACAAAUCACUGGAGGAUAUUGUUGAGGCAGAGAGAAGGUCAGAGCCAGGGUUCAUAGGUGAAGAUUCAUUGCAGCAGCCAUUCCAAUUUGUUCAACAACCAUUUCCAAUUCCAAUGAUCACACAGCAUCAUCUCCAAGAUGCAAGCACACCUCAGCAACCAUUUCAACCUUCAUCUAUCCCUGUCACUCCAACAUGCUUGCAAAAUAUGAAAGUCUACCAAGAUCCAGCAACCAAGCAUCCAUUAGAGGAUACCAGCCAGCAUCAUGUUCAUGAAACUACAGUCCAUCCACCAAUACCUACAGUACCUGAAGUAGAAGUGCACAGUAAACAGACUAAAGAAGAUCUACUUGCCUCUGCAUGGAUUCCUUCACCACAGACCAGCGAUUUCCUAACAGCGAUUACUUCUGGAAUGAUAAAUAAGACUGAUAUCGAUCAGCAGUUUUUGACUUCUCCUGGUAUUGUAAUAGAUAAUUCACAGCUGGACCCAGUAAAAGAUUUGUUAUUAAAGUUCAUGGAUGAACAUGAUGUAGAGAAAAGACAAACUUUAGGUGUGGACAAUGUGCCUCUCAAUGAAUCAGGGCUGCGCGAUUUACUGUCUGCUGAAUGCUGGCGAGCUGCUCUGGACUUCACAUCAAGGUUUCUUACAGCACAUGGUCAAGGAGUUGGACAGUAUGGGCAGCGAGCAAUGCAUACUCACAAGACACUACAGGUGUGGUUCUGUAGGAUAGCAUUAUUGUACAAGCUCCAGAUGUACAGUACAGCAGAGGCAGAGCUAGAAGCCUUCAAAAAUUUUGAUCAACCAGAUCUUUAUUAUGAGUUUUACCCAGAGACCUACCCUGGUAGGAAAGGAUGUAUGGUUCCUUUUUCUCUGCGCAUUCUGCUGGCUGAGCUACCACAGCACAGUGGUAAACCUAAUGAGGCAUUAGAUAGACUUUAUUCUUUACAAAGGACAUGUAAAGCAGUUCUCAAGAACCUGGCAAAUGGACUAGACGAGGAUGGGUCCAAGUCAGCUGACAAAUCAGACGACAUGAGAGAAGCUGCGGUUAAAAUGUGGAAUGAGCGUGAACUGCGUGUUCUCUAUGCCAUUGGAAACUGUUUUCUAGCAGUGAAGGAUUAUAAUUUAGCAGUUUCAGUUUUCGAAUCAAUAAUCAAACAGGAUGAGACACUUUCUGCUGCUCUUUAUUCUGGCAUCGGAAGGAUUUACCUACAGCUUGGAGAUUUGGAAAGAGCAGAGAACUAUUUUAAAAUCGUUGAAGAAAGAGCAACAGGAGACCCGGAAAAUAUGAGUACUGUGGUCAUGAACAA